AUGGAUACCCAGCAUUUAUACAAGAGCACCAACGUUUCGUUUGAAAGCUUCACCUUACAAGGAGAGACUAUUAAUCACGAAAUACAAACUGAGGAGCCACCAUGCAAUGAUCAAGAAUUAGAUGACGAAGAAAUUGCAACACAAGGAUCUAUUUAUCAUUCAGAAGCUGAUCCAACAGUCUAUAUAGCGUGGAGAGUUACAGAAUCUGGUCACGUGUUGGAGUUAAGGCGAUUUUUAAUACAUUCUCAGGAUACCAAUGGAGAUGCCGUUGAUCAGCCUGGUGAAACAACCCGAGCUGUUCGUUUCAAGUUUUCAUCAAACAUAUUACCAUAUGUCACAUUUUUCACCGAUCCUAUAACGCGUAAUUUACGCUGUGUAGUCUUAUUAGCAUGUAGGGUCUUGUAUCGUUUUGAUUUACCGCAAAGAACACUUUUUUCCACUAGAGAACUACCAGCAACUUAUUAUAGUCGUUUUGAAGUAACAUUAUUACAAGAAUUGACACCUACUUUGGUACAUGCUGUUGACUACGAAAAUAUUGUAAUCGGUUGCACCGACGGAACUAUUGUAUACUUACAACAUCAACCAUUGCCUCAUACUUUUGGAGUUCCAGAAAAUAUUAACGAUGAUAAUUUUACGCAAGUUGUUCUUGGGAAAAAUCUAUUUGGAAAAAUGAUGAAAUUAGUAUUUCCUCGGCAAGACAUCCCAACAAUUGACACCGAAGAAGAUGGUUCUCAAGAACAACCGAUUGCAUUCGCUUCAUACGUACACGGAUAUUCUCACAGAUACCUUAUUUGUUUAUGCCGGAAUCGACGAGUUGUCAUAUGGUCACUGAAGACACGCAGAUAUUUGGAGUCCAAUCCACUUUCUUUUAUUCAAGAUGAUGAUACAGAUACGGAUUUGAAUGAUUCUGAAGAUUGGCCAUUAGAUUAUAAUGAACCAUUAAAUCCAUUACCACCAAUUCCAAAAAAAUAUAUUCAAGCAUUAGUAUCAAGUAAUAUUCAUAGUCCAAUGACUUUCCAUUUUGUCGUUUUUAUUCCUACUUCUAGUGAUGGUUACUUCAGGCUUUAUCGAGUUCGAGUCGAUGCAUCAGGUGGUUUAAGAGAGAUGUCUAUGAUUGGUCAAACAUUUAAUAAUCCAAGCGAACAACUCCAAAAUCGGGAUUUCCCUUUUCGAAAUUUGGUAGACAUGGGAUUAACACAUGCGCCUUUAAUAGAAGAAAGUGAGCCCGAUAUUGAAAAUGGGCCAACUUGGAGGCAAGAAUGGAGACUGUGGGCAUUGUGGAAACGAAAUCGUCAGGCAGCAUUGACCUAUACGAAUUUCAAUAUAACUUAUUAUGGUUCUAUCGAUAGUUAUGAGGAUGCUAUCACGGCGAUAGAAAUGUUUAAUUUUGGAAAACGAUGGGAAUUUGUCAUCAAAUCUCCGAUCAAAACACAUGAUCACGGAUAUUUAGCUAAUAUGCUUAAAGAUGGUGAUGAACUAUUAGAUCAUGUACAAGUUUGUACCGACUACUUAUUUUGCCCUGGACGAUUUUCAACAUCUAUUAUUAAAUAUGCACUUGAAAAAUAUAUUAAAAACAUUGUAAAAGAUGAAACUGAAGAUUUUAAAUUUUUAAAUAUUGAUGGUGAUCUUAAACAAAAAGUCAAACAAGUGGUGGCAAAACACAUUCGUUUACGUAACGAUCGCGAGAACGAUAUUCCACUCGAAAAUGAACACAAAGCAAGUGUUAUCAGUGAAUGGUUACGUUUUGUAUUGUUAUGUAUUGAAAUACAAGAACGUGCUAGUUUUCCGAUGAGUCUUUCUCUUGUUCAAAAUGGAUCUUUUGUGGGCAUUACUCAUCAAGAUAGCAUAUCUCUGCUUCGUGUUUGCGAUAUAUUAGAAUUCCUACAAUAUUAUACUGGGGAAGAAGCACACGAAUUAAGUUUAAAUAUGUCAUAUAAUCAAUUAUUUCCGUCAUACUCUAUUAUAAGUGAAUUCGAAAAAAUUGAUAUGAUAAAUGUGUUUGCCGCAUCGAAUCUGGUUAUAUCUCCUAUGACAGAAAUUGAAUUAUUAAAUUUUGAUCGUAAAAUCACUCGAACAUUGUCUAAACCGAUGAUGGUUUCAGUGGCGCAAAGUGUUUCAGACUUAUAUGAUAAUCAUUUACGCCACCGUUUGACACCAGAUUUAAAGGCGAAAAUAUGGUCCAGAUUGGACUUAUGUUCACAAUUAGAUAGAACACUUCAAACCAUUAUUGGAGCUUUGAAUGAUGUCAAAUAUAUAAUUCGUGAGAGAGAUGAAAAGAUUGACACAGUUAAAACUACCAUUUUCAUGGACGCUUUAAUCGCAUCAGCUGCAACUGAUGUUAUUCAAUCUCAUUACAUUAUAGCGCGUAAUAUAUUUCUUUUAUUGGUUGUAAUACUCAAUAUUAAACCAAACUCUGGUCAUGAUCAGAGAGUGUCUAUGGGGAUGUCUACUCUAUAUGUACAUAUGAUUCUAAAAUGGAUAUCAGAACAAUCCGCAUAUUCAGAUGCAACAACAGAGGCUACAUCUGAGGAUGGCAUGUCGAAGAGAUUUUCACAUUUGAACAUGGUCAGUACCGCAAGGGGCGUAUCGGAAUCUCCAGAUUUGCGUUAUAGCUUGCUUUAUAGUCUUAUUGUCCAGCAGUAUCCUCUUAACUUGAGAUUCCGAUCGCAAUCAAUACCUAUUAUAAUCACGCGUGGAGUACAAGAAUUAUUAGAUGAGAUUGGAUUUUUACCAGAAACACCUCAUCUCAUGGUUAUGGCACCUGAAACAUACGCUAAAUUUGGUCAUCUUUUGGAAACAUCCGGUUACAUAGGUCAUCUUCAUCAAUACGUUCGUUUAUUGCUUGAUACACCAGCAAAUUUGUAUCUUCAUGGAAAACAACUUUUAAAAGAGCGUAAAUAUGAUGAAGCUGAGUACAAAUUUAAAAGAGCAGGAUCUGGAUUUGCACAUGAUAUGACGCUUCCUUCUUAUACUGCGGGGCCAAUUAUUCCAUCACAAGAUUAUAUACCUGGAAAUUUGACUGCAUAUUAUCGACAUGUCGCGGUUUUAUAUGAAAAUUGUGAACAGCCGCUACAUGUUAUCAACUUUUGUAAGUUGGCAUUGGAAGCAUUUAGUAACGAACAGCGCCAAACUCCUGAGGGACGUACCCUAGUAUCUCAGCUUUACACAAAAAUUUUCACUAAUGCUCUUAAAAGAGACAUGUUCGAUCUAGCAUAUAAUGCAAUAGUAUCUAAUCCAAAUCCAACAUCUCAGCAAGCAAAUCUGCGUCCAUUCGUACGUGAUAUGUGCGAGAAAAAGCAAGUCAGCAAGCUUUUAGAAUUUCCAUUUAUAAAUUUUCGACGUGAUUUUGAAACUAUAUUGGAAUUCCAUGCACGUACCCAUGAUAUAAAAGAAACUCCAAAUUAUUCAAAAAUAUGUUAUACUUAUUAUUUAUCUCGGCGACAGAAUAGAGAUGCUGCUCGAAUUAUGUACCAAUAUGCUAAUAAAGUCGAAAAUAUGGGGUCGAUAUUUGACAAUUUUCAGAAAGGCAUGACUGAGCUGGCUUCGAGCUAUCUUUCAGCUAUUAACGCGUUGGAAGUAUUAGAUAAAUCGCUUGCUUGGUUUCAUUAUAAUUCAUUACCUCCCAGUGAUAAUGUUCGAGCACGAAAAAGGCAGAAAGUCGAUAACGAACUUAUGAAUGGUGAUGGCGAACCAAUAACUGAAGUGAUUACAAUAACGGAUCUAACAAAACGCUAUACGAUGGUGAUGGCCAGACUUGAACUAGGACGCGAAUUUUCUGAUCAAGUGACCCCUAUGAAAUCUCAAGAAGCAGUUAAACUAUGUAGUUUUGCAGGCAAAUUCGAUCUAGCCAUUUCAAUUGCUAAGCUAUUCGAAAUUCCUUUAGAUGAUGUAUUUGACGGAAUGACACGAAAGUGUUUGUCGCUGAUUAAUUCUAAUAUGACCGUUUCAAAUAUGCAUAAAUUUUCAUGGGUAAAAGGAAACGGCUCUACUCAAUUUAUACAUGGAACAGAUAAAGAUAAAGCUUGGGCUAUGUUGAGAAAAUAUUUGGACAAGUAUGAUAAAAAGGAAGAAACGCUCUCACGAUAUAGAGCUGUUGUGUUGAGAACGAUGCUUACUGUCGAUUCAUAUGUCUCUAUUCCUGAGUGGUUAACAUCUUUCUACAAGACGCAUAAUCAAGUGGAUCAUAUCAGAAUAUUACUGGAUUUUGGGCGCUUAUCAGAAGCAACAAUAGCUACAUUAGAUUUAAUUAAGCUGGAAACUGAUAAGCAUCAACCUGGAAAAAUAGCAUCUCACUGUCUUCCAUGGAAUCUUAUAGAUAGUCUGAUGGCAUUAUUUCAGGAUACCUUGGCGAAAACUUUCGAUCCCGAACGAAAAAAAAUAAUAGAAAAGUUAAAAAGUGAUUUGAGCGAAGCUUUUUACAGAUAA